AUGCCCUAUUUAUUUGUUAGCACAAGAAUUCGCCUUGAAUCAGGUCCAACUGUGGUCGGUGAUGAACAAUCUGAUCCGGAACUCAUGGCACAUUUAGGUGCUAAAUAUUUUCACGAAAAAUGGAACAAUUUUUCAGAAUAUCGUACCGAUGAUUGUGCACGGGUUGUUCUUGAUAAGCUUGAAAAACUUGGCUAUCGUGUUCUUUCAAUGACAGGAAUUGGUCAAACAUGUAUUUGGCUUCUACAUAAAAGUUAA